UAGCUUUUUUUUAAUUAAUAUUUUUCUUUUUUUAAAGCAAACGAAGAAACACCCUUGUCGACAAUGUGACAAAUCUUUCAGUUCAUCCCAUAGUUUAUGUCGUCACAAUCGUAUCAAGCACAAAGGCAUUAGGAAGGUUUAUACAUGCUCGCACUGCCCAGAUUCAAGACGUACUUUUACAAAGCGAUUGAUGUUGGAAAAACAUAUUCAGUUGAUGCAUGGCAUUAAAGACCCUGAUGUAAAAGAAAUGACUGAAUUGACUAGUAUGGAAGAAAGAGAAGUAAAAGAAGAUACAAAGGUUCCUAGUCCAAAGCGUAAACUGGAAGAACCUGUCCUGGAAUUCAGGCCUCCACGAGGUGCAAUCACACAACCACUGAAGAAGCUAAAAAUAAAUGUUUUUAAGGUUCAUAAGUGUGCUGUCUGUGGCUUUACAACAGAAAAUCUUCUCCAGUUUCACGAACAUAUUCCUCAGCAUAAAUCUGAUGGCUCUUCGUACCAGUGCAGGGAGUGUGGACUCUGCUACACAUCUCACGUGUCUCUCUCCAGGCAUCUCUUCAUUGUACACAAGCUGAAGGAGCCACAGCCAGUAUCAAAGCAGAAUGGAUCCAGGGAGGAUAAUCAGCAAGAGAAUAAACCCAACCAUGAGGAUGAAUUUUCUGACAACACGGUGUUGGACAGAAGAUGCAAAGUGUGCGCAAAAACUUUUGAAACUGAAGCGGCCUUAAAUACUCACAUGAGAACACAUGGCAUGGCCUUCAUUAAGUCAAAAAGAAUGAGCUCAGCUGAAAACUAAUCAGAUCACUGGGAUAUAGAAAUCUCUCUCCACAUUGGAAUAAUAAUGGCAUUUUUGUUACAGAAAGUUCAAGGUAUAAUAGUGUUAACAGUACUGUUCAGGCUGUUGCAAUAUAUUCUGCAUAAUAAUGUCCCCUUCGCCUCAUUGUCUGUACCCUCGAGACCAUUGAAGCAGUAUUUGAGUUGAAAAGAGUUUGUAUAUAUUUAAACUAAUAACUUUUAUACUCUUUGUUACGUGUUUGUAUUGGUAUCUAGUGGAAAUUUUUGUUCUGUUUUGUUUUGUUUCUGUUUUUUGUAGUGAGUUUCUCUAAAACAGAGUUCUUAAUGCUGGGUCAGUUUCCUGGGGUCUCUUAAACCGUUUCUUAUGUGAAUGCUUCUGACAGAAGGUUUAGCACAGCAGAAGGCAGUGCCUGGAGGGAAAAAGCAAGGAAGCCAAGGGGAUAUGCCACAUCCUGCAGGACUCUGAAUGGUUCUGCACGUGGCAGGCAGCUUUCAGACUUUCUCUCCAAAAAAAGUAUCUCUGCAUAUGUAAAAUGCAGUGCUGGUUG